GUCAGUUGCCAUCCCGCGAUGGGCACGUUGCGCACCUGUCUUUGCAUACUGAUCUGGUUACACGGCGGACUCAUCGACAGCAUAGGUCGCUUGGGUUCGUGUUAGCACUCAGACCAUACUUUCAAUACACCACCGAAUGGUAACGGAAAACUCCAGGAUAACCUUGACUUACAACGAUCAUCGUACGUGGUUCUUGCACAUCCGUAAUGUACAAGAAACCGACAGAGGUUGGUACAUGUGCCAGAUCAACACGGAGCCCAUGACCAGCCAAAAAGGAUAUCUGCAAGUGGUCGUCCCACCCAGAGUGAUCGACGAAGAAUCCAGCAUGGACCUCGUAGUGAAAGAAGGAUCGGACAUGCUCUUGCAGUGCAAAGCCCAGGGAUAUCCUGAACCUUACAUAAUGUGGCGGAGAGAAGACGGUUUGGACAUAAACUACAAUGGUAACACAGUUAACGUGGUUGAUGGUGAAAAGCUAACAAUCAGAAAAAUCAGCAGACUGCACAUGGGACCUUACCUGUGCGUGGCUUCCAACGGAGUACCGCCAACAAGGAGUAAACGUAUCAACGUCACUGUACACUUUCCGCCAAUGUUGAUGAUUCCUAAUCAAUUAGAAGGAGCUCGAAGAGGGGUCUAUUCGAAACUAGAGUGCCACACUGAAGCCAAUCCUCCUUCGAUCAAUUACUGGACGAACGAACGCGGGGAUAUGAUCGUUUCUGGUUCGAGAUUCGUAGACGAAAAAAUCAGAACCGGAUACGUGUGCAAAAUGAUUUUACACAUCUCGAACGUUAGUCUUGAAGAUUUCAGUAGUUACAGAUGUGUAGCGGUGAACGCUCUCGGCGAAACUGAUGGUAUCAUUAAACUUUACGAAAUCGUCACCGCCGUUGAAUCGUCGAACGAAAUACUUUUUGAAGGGAACAACUACAAAUAUAACGUCAACGUUACCGAAGACUACUUGGAUGGGAUGACCAGUGCCAUUUACGACAAUGUUACUAGCUACGUUUCGUCUAGUCUUACACUUGCUCAUAGUUAUAUUUCAUACUUGAUAUUACUAUCAAUUAAUGUCAAUUUUUUUAAUAUUGUUUAAUAUUAUUGCGUAGUGAUUAAAUUAUAAACUGUAAUAUAAUUAUUUUAUAAUUUACUGCUAUAAACAAGUGCGAUUUGUCCUUUAUUUUGUUUGCUUAUGUACACAUGUAUUAUAUAUACAGAAUAUAUGUGAAUCGAUCUUAUUUUAUUUUAAUCAAUUAAUUGAUCAUCAUCAUUAUCGAUUCGAGAGAUAUAAUAACGGUUUUAGAUUAGUAGUAACGUGCGUUGAUUUUUAAGUGUUUAACCAUCAGUGCUGAAGAUGCAAAACCACACGUCUUCUUAAAAAUAUGGUUAUUUAUGUGAACACCAUAAUGGUAUAACUAUAAACAUGCAAUAAUAAUAUAUAGCAAAAAGAAAAUUUAA